AUGGUUGCAGGACUUGCCGAAGCCGUUACAAGCAUUGGUUCAGACUCUGACCCGGCUGAAGUUACAGCAAACACAGAGGUACCCAAUGUGGGUGCUACCCAAACACCCCCAGGUGGUCCUCCAAGUCCUGCGACCCAAGGUCAAGGUUACUCUUUAAUCCAGCAAGUGACCUUGAUCAAGGAGAUUUAUCCCAUCCAAUCAAUUGUCCUUUCGCCCUCUUGCAAACGCCUACUUGUUGCGCUCAAUGGAAAAGGUCUAGUUUUGUGGGAUUUGGAAGCCCAAGGCAUCAUUCAACGAUUCUGUGGACACCAGCAGGUUUCUCAGAAGCUUUACUACUCUUUCUGUGGAGCUAACGAGGACUUUAUUUGCUGCGGAAGUGAAAAUGGCCUGGUGCAUAUCUGGCGUGUUGGAACUGCACGAGGCUGUCGACCAGUUCACUCUAUGAUGUCUGCAUCCAGCAACGAAAUUCCUGUCACUGGUGUUCAUUGGAACCCGGCUCACCCAUCCAUGAUUGCAUCGGUCAAUGAUGAGGGAGAUAUUCAUAUCUGGGCUCCUGCAAAUAACAAUACCGGCUUGAAUUCUCCAACCACUUGUGAGAAUUGUCGAUCUCACGAACUCUCUAAAAUCAAUGUUUAG